AUGGACUUGGCGAGAGUCGAGGAUUUGCAGCGUCGCCGCGGCGAUGCAGAGUGGCCCCACGAUCGUCGAGGGAUGGUCUUUGAGUAUUGCCCCCCGCGUGCGCGCCGCGGUGAAAGCGGGCCUCCCCCAGACACUGUCCUCCGUCCUCUUCCUCCUCCAACGGGGGAGGAGGAGGAGGAGGAGGAUCCUUUUCUUAGCGUGUCGCGGCGGCGGUCCCUCCGGCAGGGAUCGCGGGAGCCUCGUGUGUCCUCGCAGUUAGGUCCGUCCUCGGAGAGAGAGCACAUGCGCGUGCGAGCGCGCCUGGUAGUCGACGAGCCAGGGCCGAUCUAG